CGUAGAGAUGUCGCUGUGGGGAGAGCUUCGCCUUAUGGCAUGUUGAAUGUCUUCUUACCUUCUCUCUUAUCUUCUCUGCUCCCGCUGGCUGCAGGCAUGAAGACCCCCAAUGCACAGGAAGCUGAAGGGCUACAAACCAGGGCACCAGCGGGACGGGCCGCUGGGUCUGCAAACAUGACGAAGAAAAGAACCUUCCAAAAGAAACAGAGGGGCAGACCUUCAUCCCAGCCCCGCAGGAACAUCGUGGGCUGCAGAAUUUCACACGGAUGGAAGGAAGGGGACGAGCCCAUCACCCAGUGGAAAGGAACCGUUCUGGAUCAGGUGCCUAUAAAUCCCUCUCUUUAUCUGGUGAAAUAUGAUGGAAUUGACUGUGUCUAUGGACUGGAACUUCACAGAGAUGAAAGAGUUUUGUCUCUUAAAAUUCUUUCUGACAGGGUGGCAUCAUCUCAAAUCACUGAUGCAAACCUUGCAAAUACCAUAGUUGGUAAAGCCGUGGAACAUAUGUUUGAGGGCGAGCAUGGUUCUAAGGAUGAAUGGAGAGGGAUGGUCCUAGCGCAAGCACCAAUCAUGAAAGCCUGGUUUUAUAUUACCUAUGAGAAAGAUCCUGUCUUGUACAUGUACCAGCUUCUAGAUGACUAUAAAGAAGGAGACCUCCGUAUCAUGCCAGAGUCCAGCGAGUCUCCUCCAGCAGAAAGGGAGACAGGAGGAGUUGUAGAUGGCCUGAUAGGCAAACAUGUGGAAUAUACCAAAGAAGAUGGCUCCAAACGGAUUGGCAUGGUCAUUCACCAAGUGGAAGCCAAACCCUCUGUGUACUUCAUCAAGUUUGAUGAUGAUUUCCAUAUCUAUGUCUAUGAUUUGGUGAAAAAGUCCUAACUGUUAGGGUACACUUUGCCACAUUUGUGAAAACAGAUGUAUACUUUGUGGACAUGCAAAAUAAUGUUGCUUUUCAGUGUUUUGGAAGCUUAAGGGUCCCCGUUAAUUCAGCAUCUUUGCCAGCAUAACUGUUGUUUUGUUCUGAAAAAUACAAAUGUGUGUGGACAUGA